AUGAAUGAAGGUAUCUAUGUGAAGGACGUCGUACCAAAAGGUGUCGCUGAUUUGACGGGUAACAUUCUACCAGGUGACCGAAUCAAAUCAUUGACAAUCGAUUUCGACUACAUGGUUUAUGAAGAUGCGGUGACGUUACUCAGUUAUGCAUCACCCUAUAAGGUUAAAUUCGAACUCGAGCGAAAAAUCGAAACGUCUCCAUCUACGGAUAGACAUAUAUGUCAGCAAUCUCACUACUCUUCCGAGAAUUUAAAUGAGUGCAGCGACUCUUCAAACACAAUUGAAAGUUCUGUGAUUGUUGAUGACCUCAAUAGCACGGUAUUAGAAAAAGAAGUGGAACAGAAGACGGAAGAAGAAAAAGACAUCUUAUCUGCGGUCCAUAAUGCAGAAUCGCCAAUAGUGACAAGUGAGGCGACAGACAAAGCUGCUAUAGAUCUGUCGAAGGUGGAGAGUAGUGACUACGCGUCUGAUAACACAUCAGAGUAUCGUGAGAGCGAAUCGGAAUCGGCGAACGAAGGCCAACCACAGUUGAACACGACGACGCCGUGUUCGUUCACUAACAUCAACGACCAUCUGGAGGUGGUCGAGGACAGAGUACUACCUUAUUCACUUAUUUUUCAAUUCUAUCAAUUAAUUUUCAUUCUAAAUAGGAAGCUGAUUUUUGGACUAUAA